UCCUGAAAAGUCAUCACUUGCUAAACCGUUGUCGUUCCAGUAUUUUUUCUUUUUAAUUGCCUGAACGUCGUUCUCGCAAUGGUGUCGCGAAAGAACACUGCGUUACUCGACGUAGAUCCGACCAUUAUGGAAAAUAACCUAUUAAUAACGGACUCAAAUGCAGAGCUGGAUUCACUCUUUCCGAAGGAUCCUGGACCCCAAAGCAAAAUCGUUCAUCCUAUUCCUGGCCUCUGCAUCAAGCUGCGCCGCUCCACGGAGGACCAUGGCAAGGUGUUCAUCAACCUCUGCCACACCAAGGACAUCCCCGCCCCGGAGGAGAUCUCGGAGCGGCGCCUCAUGGAGAUGUGGAACGCCAACGGGGAGACGUGCGACUACCGGGUGCCGCUGAGCAUCGGCGAGGGGCGCCAGGAGCCCGACAAGUCGGGCCAGCCAUCGGACGUGUACGACGUGGCCAUCAACACGGACUUCUUCGGCAAGGUGGAGAGCAGCAACAUCUUCCGCAUGUUCAUCAUCGACGUGAUAAUGCAGGGCAUCGAGGACAAGUUCCACAUCGAGAUGGAGAAAGACGAUUACGUCAUCAUGAAGAACCGCAAAGCCAUGGGGUCCAUUCCGGGCCACCGGGUGCGCGUCAAGGAGCGGCGCGAGGACUCGAGCCCCGCUGCGCCCCUCAUCCAGGAGCUGGGGACGACGCGCUUUGCCGAGACGAGUGCGACCAAACCGGCAGCCGCGGCCAAGAGCCCGGCCAAACCCGUGGCCGAGAGCGCGACCAAACCCGGGAGCGCGCCGGCGCCCCCGAGCGACGCGGUGAAGCCCGAGUUCCGGCUGCUGCGCGUACCGGCCCAAGGGCCAGCCAGGUCAUUUGUCAUGCAAUGCCACCUACCAAGUGUGAUGUCCGUGAAAGAGGUGAACCUUGAUGUCGGCGAGGACCGAGUAUCCAUAAGUGGAGGACGAUCUUCCAAGUACUUCUUGGAUGUAUUUAUGCCAGACACCAUUAUCCAAAACUUCACCACUGCUAAAUUUGACAGCAUGUCUAAGAUACUUACUGUUAACAUGCCGAUUUCUCGAGGAAUAUGAUAUUACUAUAGUGUUUCAAGUUUGUUACCAUUCAUUCCAAUUUGAGAAUCUACUGUCUGUGAUUGUCAUAUUCAAGAUGUGCCUUACUUAUGUAUUAAUUUCAUAAUUUAUUGACACACUUUGUCAUGCAUAAUGUCAUUAAGAUCUUUUUCAGUA